AUGGGCGCAUUUCUGAGCCUGCUAGUCCGUUGCUGGACCGUUGACCACCCACCCGAACCCCCAAAGUCCCGUGAAGCAAUCAAAAUAGGUAUUCUCGGAACAGGAUGGAUAGCAUCCCGUGCGUUGAUUACACCGGCGAAAUCCCACCCGGAUGUGAUCAUCGCAGCUGUAGCCAGUCGGGACAAGACGAGAGCUGAAGCAUAUGCCCGGAAGUUCAAUGUCCCCAUCGCGUAUGGAUCGUAUCAGCAUAUGCUCGACGACCCCGCCAUCGACGCAAUCUACAACCCGCUGCCCAACAGCGAGCACUAUGAAUGGAGCCUACGUGCCUUGAAGGCCGGUAAACACGUCCUGCUGGAAAAGCCAUCCGUGUCUAAUACCCUGGAAGCCGAGUCCCUCUUUGCCUAUCACUCCUCGCUCCCCACGCCCCGGCCCGUCCUCCUCGAAGCCAUACACCCGCGCUUCCACCCCGCCUGGUCCGAGUUCCUAUCCCUGAUCUCCUCGCCUCACGUGGAGAAAGUAGAUGUUAAGUUCAACGCGCCGUCGGGAUUUUUCGCGAAGGGGGAUAUUAGGUGGAGGUUUGAUCUUGCGGGCGGCGCGAUGAUGGAUAUCGGGUCGUAUACGGUCUCGUGCUUGCGCGAUGUUUUUGGGGCGGAGCCGGUGCGGGUAGAGAGUGCGGUGGCGAGGGCGGCCAAGUGGGGGGAUGUGGAGGAGGGGUUGAAGGCGGGGUUCAGGUUUCCGAAUGGAGGGGUAGGGUUUAUCGAUGCGGAUAUCAAUAAGACCAGUGUUUGGGGAUUGCCGGGUGUCUCGAUCCCAAGGGUGGUGGUGCAGCAGAGGGAAAUGAAAGUAGAAGUGGAGGGAGCGCCUGAAGGAGAAAUUCAGACGCGCAAGCGGACUGUGACGAUUUGGGGCUUUCCGGGCGCGAUGUAUCACCACAGUAUUGGAGUUGUGGAUGUGAAUGUGAGGAAACGUGCUAGUGAUGGACAAGUAUUGAAACGUUGGACGGAGAAGGAAACUAAGAAGGCUUACGUCUGGAAUGGUAGGGGGACAGAGAGCGGAAAGGAAGGAGAGCCGUAUUGGAGUACGUAUCGAUAUAUGUUGGAGCAAUUUAUCAACAGGAUCAAAGGACGAGAUGGCUCGGGCGUCUGGGUCGAUGGGGAGUAUUCGAUCCACCAGAUGAAGGCUAUCGAUGCGGCGUAUGUGAAAGCUGGCGUGGCUAUUAGGCCGACGAGUUCAUUCAAGAUAUAA